AAACAGCACGUGACCGUUGCAUCCAGAGUGUGACACAUCGGCGAACAACUAAAUGUCAUCGGCGUACAAGGAAAAGGAGUUUUCGGCGUUGACGCUGAAAGCCGGCGAGAUUCAAGUCGAAGUGUUUGUGGCCGGAGAUGGCGUCAACUACCCCAAAAAAGGGCAAACCGUCGUGGUGCAUUACACUGCCUAUCUGCAAGACGGCAAGAAAUUUGACUCGUCGCGGGAUCGAGACAAACCGUUCAAGUUCAAACUCGGCGCGGAACAAGUGAUCCCAGGGCUAGACGAAGGCAUCGAGCGACUUUGCAUGAAAGAACGCGCGAAAGUGUACAUCCCGUCCGACAAAGCAUACGGCAAGAAGGGGUUCCCAGGGCUCGUACCGCCCAACACGAACCUUGUGUUUGACAUUGAGCUGAUCACGUUCAAAUAAUAUAUAUUCUUCAAAG